AUGUCUCUCUUUCUCUGUUUAUGCCUCUCUUUCUCCGUUUAUGUCUCUCUCUCUUUGUUUCUGUUUCUCUCUUUCUCUGUUGAUGUCUCUCUUUCUCUGUUUAUGUCUCUCUUUCUCUGUUUAUGCCUCUCUUUCUCUGUUUAUGUCUCUCUCUCUUUGUUUCUGUUUCUCUCUUUCUCUGUUGAUGUUUCUCUCUUUUCUGUUGAUGUCUCUCUUUCUCUGUUUAUUUCUGUUUCUCUUUCUCUGUUGAUGUCUCUCUUUCUCUGUUUAUGCCUCUCUUUCUCCGUUUAUGUCUCUCUCUUUCCUUGUUUCAGUUUCUCUCUUUCUCUGUUGAUGUCUCUCUUUCUCUGUUUAUGUCUCUCUUUCUCUGUUUAUGCCUCUCUUUGUCCGUUUAUGUCUCUCUCUCUUUGUUUCUGUUUCUCUCUUUCUCUGUUGAUGUCUCUCUUUCUCUUUUAUCUCUCUCCUUCUCUGUUUAUGUCUCUCUCUUUUUUGUUUCUCUCUUUCUCUGUUUAUGUCUCUCUCUUCUGUUUUUAUGUUUUCUCUCUUUCUCCUUUCUGUUUAUGUCUCUCUUUCUCUGUUUAUGUCUCUCUUUCUCUGUUUAUGCCUCUCUUUCUCUGUUUAUGUCUUUCUCUCUUUCUUUUUCCGUUUCUCUCUUUCUCUGUUGAUGUCUCUCUUUCUCUGUUUAUGUCUCUCUUUCUCUGUUUAUGCCUCUCUUUCUCCGUUUAUGUCUCUCUCUCUUUGUUUCUGUUUCUCUCUUUCUCUGUUGAUGUCUCUCUUUCUCUGUUUAUGUCUCUCUUUCUCUGUUUAUGUUUCUCUCUUUCUCUUUCUCCGUUUAUGCCUCUCUCUCUCUUGUUUCUGUCUCUUUUUCUCUCUUCUCUGUUGAUCUCUCUCUUUCUCUGUUUAUCUCUGUUUAUUUCUCUGUUCUGUUUAUCUCUCUUUCUCCGUUUAUGUCUCUCUCUCUUUGUUUCUGUUUCUCUCUUUCUCUGUUGA